UGUUUACAAGCUACCUCCGUACAAGUUUUAAAAAUAAAUCCGAUACGUUUUUAAGUUUUUAUGCCUAAAAGCGAUACCGAUGUUGAGGCGCGUCUCCCCGCACAGGGCACUAUCUCACCUACUUACGGCCUCGUUUAUAGGUAAACAAAGAGAAAUGACCAGCAAUCAAAUAUCAAUGAUAACGCCGCUGAUAAGAUCGUAGUAGCGUCGCGAGUCGCGCUAUCAGUGGUGUGCGAGUGUUGUUGCGGACAAGAUGCGACGCGCUCUCGCGCUUCUCGCACUGGCGGCCACCUGCUGGCCGGCGCGCUCCUGGACCUUCUGCGACGCCCCCGGCGAGUGCGUCUGCAGGUUCCACGAGCGGCCCGAGGAGGACCUAAUGCGGCAGCACAUCGACUGCUCCUACAGGAGGGGCGCCCUCGCUGGCAAUCGCACUCUGCCUCCCAGGGCCUACUCCCUCGACCUCUCCUCGAGCGCCUUGAAGAUAAUACGAUCGGGACCGUUUCUCCGAUCCAAGUCGUUGCAGGAGUUGGUACUGAAAAACAACGAUAUCGCAGACAUCGAGGAAGGUGCCCUCGCGCUCCCCGACCUGCGCCGCCUCGACCUCAGCUACAACCGACUCCAGCGACUGGAUGGCGCCGUCUUCCGGUCUAUAAUUAAGCUGGAAUUCUUAAAUUUGGCGAACAACAAUUUCGUGUCGUUCGGAAAACUCACGUUCCAUCCGCUGCGGGAUUUGCGCGAGGUCAUCCUAAACAAUAAUAACAUCGGGCCCGCCCUCCGGGACACCGACCUCUUUGACCGCGACGGGUUCGGCCUGACGAACAAAAUCCAGAAGGUGUCCAUCUCCGGCGUCGGCCUGGGCCGCGUGCACGACAACUUCUUCGUGGACGCCUACGACAUACGGGAGCUCAUAGUCGCAAAUAAUGACUUGGCUGAACUGUUCGAGAUCCCGUUCACCCUGGAAUACCUGGACGUAUCAGACAAUCCCAUCCGGGAGAUAUCCGGCGAGGACUUCGCCGACCUGACGGCGUUAAAGGUUCUCAAGAUGAACAACAUCAGCAUCGGCUCGGUGCCGGCGCACGCAUUGGCGCCGAUGCGGGCGCUCGUGCGGCUGGACCUCGAGAGAAACCUCAACCUGACGGAGUUCAGCGCGCUGGCGUUCGGGCGGGAGGUGCUGGAGGACGCGGACGACUUCACGCUGGAGGAGCUAUCACUCAAGUCAUGCAGACUGCGGACCCUGGACCAACGGUUGCAGACGCCCCUGGGGCGGCUCUCCCGCCUCGACCUACAAGGCAACCGCUGGCACUGCGACUGUCGGCUGGCCUGGAUCAAGCAGUUUCAAAUGGACCCAAACGACUACGAGCACUUGAGAUGCUACUCGCCCAAGUCGCUAUUCAACAGCAAAAUAUUCGAGUUGAAGGAGAAGUACUUCCGAUGUCCGCGGGAGCGCGGCGGCGGCGGGGGCGGCGCGGGCGCGGCCGUCGGCAUCAUCGCGUUCUGCAUGUUCUCGUCGGCGGCGGCGCUGUGGCUGUUCUGGUACCUGCCGGGCUGCCCGCCGCGCGGCCGCGCGCUGCCCGCCGCCGCCUACGCCGCGCUGCCGCUGCACGCGCACGCCGCCGCACUCGCGCCCACCGCACCCUCCGCCCCCUCCGCCUUGUAG